AUGAGCGGCCAAUCUUCAGUCGAGCGCCCUGGUGGACGAGCUCGCAAUGCUUGUGAUCUGUGCCGCCGGAAGAAGAUUCGCUGUGACAACGCACAACCAACCUGUGAGGCAUGUACUUCCGUAGGUGUGCAGUGCACAUUUACCGAACACCCUAGCCUGCUGCGGAAAAGCCUCCGAGAUCAACUCCUUGAUGCCAAAGCACGGAUACGGGACCUGGAAGCCCAGCUGGCUGUCCAGAACACCUCACCCACGUCUGAUCAAGGAGAACGAAGUACUUCUCAUGAACGUUCGGAAAAACUAUGGCUUCCCUUGUUCGCUCUACAUCAUGUUUCAGACACAUACAGCAUAGCCACUUCGCUCGCGACAUUCCAAGCAGAGAUCGCCCAUUGCGGAGUAGGAGAAGCUGGCUCCACCCAAAGAGCGUCCUUUUUCUCCACGGUCUACCAGAAAACGGGGGCCCAACUUGAUCUCGACCAUUUCCUAGCCCAGGCGGCACAAUCACUCAAAUUUCGGGGCCUUCAGAGCGGAACGCGCUUGAAUCGGCCCCUGUCGCCAAAGUGGCCGCCCACAUCUUUGGUACAGCACUCCAUCCAUCACUUCUCCCGGAGCGGAUUGUAUUCCAUCUUCCCCCUUGUCGACACCGAUGCCCUGAGUCGGUUGAUUGAGGAGGGUGUACUGAACGACCAAGAUGAAACUGUAUCUGCGGCUAGCUUGGCCUGUCUUAUCGCAUUUACUGCGCUGAUGAGUGUGAUGCAUCGGCUCAGCCCGGGUUUUGUCGAUGCCGAACCAGAUGCCUACAUCCAGGCGGCGCUGGGCCUCGUACCUAGGCUGCUGUUGGAAAAGCCCAGUGUUAGAGGCAUUGAAGCGAUUGUGUUGAUGAUGACCUAUCUCAUGCCCAAUGGGCAAAUUGAACCCGGCCAGCUCCUACUGUCCCUGGCUACUCGAAUGAUCCUCACACUCGGCGCGCAUCGGUGCUCCGUGUUGGACAAGCCCGAAGGCAGACAUCUCCGCGCCCUGUUCUGGUUUUGUUAUGGGGCCGAUAAAAACUUGGUCAUCCGGUACAGUCAAUUACUGCACUUCAGGGACGAGGAUUGCGAUCUCCAGAUACCGGACAAUUAUGUUUUGUCCUCAUGCGACAAUCAGUUUUUCUCAAGACCUCUUCCUACCAACGAAUUACUCUUUCCCUCUGACGUCCGACUUUCUCUGCUCAAAUCCAAGGUGUAUCACCUUCUUUAUUCUCCCCACGCUCGAAGUCAAUCCGAGGCCCGUCGCCUCCAAUAUAUCCGUGAAUUAGAUCAGGAGCUCAAUGAUCUGAAGUCAACAUUUCCCGCGAGGUGCUGGCCGGACCUGUUUGCCACUCCUUCCGCUCCUGAUUACACGUUCCACGACCUGAGUAUGCGUGGUGUGUGUCUGCACCUCGAAUUUUACUCUUUACUAGGCAAGAUCCACGACGCCAGUCAUUCUCUGCAGGGAAACAGCAGCAUUUCUGGCUGGUCCAUUCUCCCAUCUAGUGCGGAGCUGUUUCAUCAGGCAUCCCGGUCCAUUCUAAUAUACAUUCGCCACGUUCGGGGUUUCUGGAACUGGCAUACUUUCUGGAUCUAUGCCCAGUUCUUACUGACCGGCGUCUUCUCCCUCUUCAAAUGUAUUAUCACUUACCCUACUGCGCCGUCAUCUGAGAACGAUAUUCAACUCCUACAGAGCUUAGCGGAUAUGUUCGCUGAACUAGAUCACGAGGAGUCAGCAAGCGCGCGGGGACAGUUUCCUUCUAUCUAUCUCACGGUCUGCCUGAUCAAAAGACUGAUCUUCCUUGCCAAGAAGGCCUCCGCGAAGGCUACUGAGUGAUUCUUGGUCAUUGGCAGUAAUCAGGGUCCCAUUUGGACUUGCGCAACAGAGCCUAUAACUUGACCAUGCAUGGCGUUGCGGAGAAUUCGGGUUCAUUCCUCGCUACAAGGUGAUUGUCAUCAUCAACUCAUCACCUUGGCUGACAAUGCAUCCUCCAGUGACUGAAGCAAUGUUUCCAUUAUCGAAAUAGCUUCUUGCCUCACAUCCAUAUCUGUUCGCGAUAUAAUAAGUCUGGAGAUAGCCGCCGAAGCUUUACACUUUUCAGCAUGACUAUCGCUCUCGACAGGCUACGGAUAGUAGCUAUUUGUCUACGGAAGAUACUAUGCAAUUCUAGGGGAUGGUGAUAUGUCUCCCUCUUGUUGCUUCUCAAAUAU